GGGCGUGCUCUCGGCGGAGAGUUAGAGUUGUUGCCGAGCUGGGUUCUGGUGAGAGCGGGGCGCGGAGCUGGGUGCGCGCCGAGCCUCAGCCUCCCGCCGCCUCCUCGCCCUCCAUUCCUCUCUCCCCGCCUUCUCUGGGCCUCGCCGCCGCCACUGCCUGCCUGGGAACCGUAGCCGAGGGCGAGGGGCUGGAGCGGCCGGAGCGGCCGGAGCGGGCGGGGAGGCGCGGGGCGCCUGGGCAUAGGGAGCGCGCCCAGCCCAGCCCGGGAUCAGAUAACAGCGGGCGGGGGAGGGGGUGGACCAGCAGCACUCACAGCCGGACGGAGGGACGGACGCCAGCCGCGCCGGCCAGAGCGAGCGCCCCGCGGCCGGGGGCGCCGUCCAGGCGCGCGCCCCGGACCCGUGGCUGGACGGGGGCGAUUGGCGCCCCGGACCGACGCGCCCCUCAGCAUGGAGCGCCCCCGGGGUCUGCCCUGAGGCGGCGGCGGCGAUGCAGCCAGCGCAGCAGCUGCUUGGGCCAGCAACGGCCGCCCGGAGCUCGGAGGACGUGGAGCGCACCGCGCCCGGGGCGCUGACCGAGGCGGAGAAACUGAGGUCCCAGGAGGGGGACCUGUGGCCCUCCAUCCCCUGUGACCUCAGCCACGGGACAUGGGGCUGGUCCAGGCUCCUGCAUUUGUGCCCCACAGAUUAGGACAGAAAGACAGGUCUGAGCACCGCUGUGGCUGGAGGGCCCUCCAGCCACCAACUCCUCUGCAGCUGGCACCUGGGAGAUGGCAGCCUUGAAGACGGCCACUGCCUGGUCCACGGCGCUACUUAGAGGAUAGGAGUCAAGAGGAGCUGCCCCACCCGGAGCUGGCCUGGGGGCAGGCCAGGGUACCCCUGCCCCCGGGAUGACUGCGGCCGGCCGUGCCAACCCCUACAGCAUUGUGUCGUCGGAGGAGGACGGGCUGCACCUGGUCACCAUGUCGGGCGCCAAUGGCUUUGGCAACGGCAAGGUGCACACGCGGCGCCGGUGCCGGAACCGCUUCGUCAAGAAGAACGGCCAGUGCAACAUCGAGUUUGCCAACAUGGACGAGAAGUCACAGCGCUACCUGGCCGACAUGUUCACCACCUGCGUGGACAUCCGCUGGCGCUACAUGCUGCUCAUCUUCUCGCUGGCCUUCCUUGCCUCCUGGCUGCUGUUCGGCGUCAUCUUCUGGGUCAUUGCUGUGGCCCACGGGGACCUGGAGCCAGCGGAGGGCCGCGGCCGCACGCCCUGCGUGAUGCAGGUGCACGGCUUCAUGGCGGCCUUCCUGUUCUCCAUCGAGACGCAGACCACCAUCGGCUACGGCCUGCGCUGCGUAACGGAGGAGUGCCCGCUGGCCGUCUUCAUGGUGGUGGCGCAGUCCAUCGUGGGCUGCAUCAUCGACUCCUUCAUGAUCGGCGCCAUCAUGGCCAAGAUGGCGCGGCCCAAGAAGCGGGCACAGACGCUGCUGUUCAGCCACAAUGCGGUGGUGGCGCUGCGGGACGGCAAGCUCUGCCUCAUGUGGCGCGUGGGCAACCUGCGCAAGAGCCACAUCGUGGAGGCCCACGUGCGGGCGCAGCUCAUCAAGCCCCGCGUCACGGAGGAGGGUGAGUACAUCCCGCUGGACCAGAUCGACAUCGACGUGGGCUUCGACAAGGGCCUGGACCGCAUCUUCCUGGUGUCGCCCAUCACCAUCCUGCACGAGAUCGACGAGGCCAGCCCACUGUUCGGCAUUAGCCGGCAGGACCUGGAGACGGACGACUUCGAGAUCGUGGUCAUCCUGGAGGGCAUGGUGGAGGCCACGGCCAUGACCACGCAGGCCCGCAGCUCCUACCUGGCCAAUGAGAUCCUGUGGGGCCACCGCUUUGAGCCUGUCCUCUUCGAGGAGAAGAACCAGUACAAGAUCGACUACUCGCACUUCCACAAGACGUACGAGGUACCGUCCACGCCCCGCUGCAGCGCCAAGGACCUGGUGGAGAACAAGUUCCUGCUGCCCAGUGCCAACUCCUUCUGCUACGAGAAUGAGCUGGCCUUCCUGAGCCGCGAGGAGGAGGACGAGGCGGACGGAGACCAGGGCAGACACAGCCCCCAGGCCAGGCAUGACUUUGACCGGCCCCAGGCCGGUGGCGCCACCCUCGAGCAGCGGCCCUACAGACGGGAGUCAGAAAUCUGAGCCAUCGAGGGCCAAGGUGCAGCACCGCCCCGCCGGGGAGAGGCCCCUGUCCUGCGAGGGCCCCGGGCCUGAGCAGAGCCGGCUUGGGCCCCGGCUGCAGACUCAGUAGAGUUGUAGAUGUUUUACGUUUCUUCACAACGGCCUCAGGAGGUUGGUGGGAGAGUGGGCGGCUGGAGCGGCUUCAGAGGCCGGAGCAGGCAGAGGGGCAGGAAGGUGGCCUCCUGGGGGCCGGGCCACAGAAGCCAGGGGCUCCUGCCUGAGGUUGGAGCUGCAGCCUGCCCAGAAAUGCUAGCCAGCCGCCCAGCCCCUGUGGGCGAAGGCUGGCAGGCUGCAGGGCGCCUCAUUGGUUUUUAACUUGGGGAGACAUACCGGUUUUGGCUUUCUCAACCUUAGUUUGAGUAAGACAGUUUACAAAAAAAAAAAUAAUAACAUGUGAGUGAAACAAAUUUUUAUAAUUUGGGGUGGGGUGGGUGGGAGGGCGGGCAAUUAGAAUUCCAUUAGUCUGCUCGGAUGCAAGCAGCUGGGUGGAGUUACCAGAAGGUCCCCGAGGCUGGACGGCCUCCCCUGGGGAGGCAGCGGUGUGGCCCGUGGGUGAGCACUGGGCUCACCUCAUUAUUUCUGCUCUCGGUUGCCCUGGCUUCCGUUUGUGAUGGCAGAAUGAAGACCAUGUGAAUGAUUGU